AGCUUUGUCUUAAUGAUGCAAAACUUAAUUUCUGAGGAAAGUCAGCGUAAGGAAAUUCCUGAGCUUCACAGUGGCAAUCAGGCAGUUAAGGAGCUGCCAGAGAAAAUGGAGCUGCACGUCAGUCACUUUCAUGGCUUAUUCACACCAGCACAACUGCUCCGGCAUAAAGAGAGAGGCCUCCUCACUCACUCACCCCAACAAGCCGCAACGCGUGACGUCACCGGGACGACAGAAACGCAUGCCUGUCCCGCUGCCGUAAACCUCCGGAGGGGUGUCGCAAAGCCGCUCCGUGUUGUCAGAGGAGUAAACAGUUGUUUACUUCCGCGGAGGAUCGAACGUGAAGAACCGCGCGGAUCCGCGUCACGUCACCUUUCGAGCCCGUCGCCUCCGGAGGAUCCGGGAGAUGAGCUGAUGUGGAGGCGAGCUGGGAAGAUGUCCGCGUACAACACGGGAGCAGAUGCAGCGGGACACUCCGUGGUGGUGGAGCUGAGUCCUGACAUCCACAUCUGCGGCUUCUGCAAACAACAGUACAACAACGUCGACGUGUUUCUGGCCCACAAGCAAAAUGGAUGUUCGCUCCCCUCCCCCGACCCGUCAGCCUCCACUGCGGCGUCCGCUCUCUCAGGUCAGACUCUGGAGGAGUCAGCGAUGUGCACGCACCAGGUUAUAGACUGCGCCCGGAGCUCAGAUCCCAGUGCUGAGUUUGUUUUCGAGGAAACUUACCAGACGUGUGUGAUGAGAGGCGUCAAAAAGAUCCUGACCAAAGCUCAGAAAACACCUUCCAGAAAAUUAAAACCCACCCUGACUUCAAAGAGACACAGCUGCUGUUUCUCAGGUUGCACUUUUAAAACGCAGUAUGGCCAAAAAGACAUGGAGCGGCAUCUCAAGACCCACACUGGGGAGAAGCCGUUUGAAUGUGAGCUGUGCCACAAGCGCUUCAGCCGGCGGGACAAGCUCAACAUGCACAGCCGCUUGCACACGGGCGAGAAGCCGCACAAGUGCAAACACUGUCCCUACGCGGCGGCCGACAGCAGCAGCCUGAAGAAGCACCUGCGCAUCCACUACGACGAGCGGCCGUUCAAAUGCCAGAUUUGUCCGUAUGCCAGCCGCAACUCCAGUCAGCUCACCGUGCACCUCCGCUCACACACCGGGGACGCACCAUUCCAGUGCCAACAGUGUGACGCCAAGUUCAAAAUCAACUCAGACCUAAAGAGACACGUCCGGAUUCACUCUGGUGAAAAGCCCUACAAGUGUGAGUUCUGUGAUUACCGCUGCGCCAUGAAAGGUAACCUCAAAUCUCACAUUCAGAUCAAACAUGGCACCGAGAACUCCUUCCGCUGCGAGCACUGCGAUUUCAAGUGCGCCAACAAGACCGCUCUGCGACAGCACACGCGAGAACACCAACCCCUUCAACCCAUGCAGUGUGCCAAGUGCACUUACUCCUGCUCCAGCAAGGGGGCGCUCAAAGUCCACGAGAGGAUCCACUCAGAGGAGCGGCCCUUCAGAUGUGACUUCUGCAACUUUGCCUCCAAGCAGCGCAGCAACCUUGUCAUUCACAAAAAGAAGUUCCACUCAGAUAAGCCUGAGAAAGGCUGCGGCGGGAAAGGCGGCAGGGGAGCAGGGAAAAGUGGAGGAGGUGAGUCUCCAAAGCCCGUCAGCUCCCGGUACCGAGCCAAACUGGACGCAGCCCGGGCCUUCAGCUGCGACUCAUGCCAUGCUUCCUUCGUCAGGGAGGAUUCACUGCGGAGCCACAAAAAGCAACACAGAGACACUCAGAACGUGUUGCAGCUCCAGCUCUCCGCCCCGGUCGACACAGUCAGCCUGGUUCCCGUUACGUCACAGAGUACCACCCAGCUGGAAGUCCCCAUUCCGUCUGACUCGAUGGCUCCUUACGGCAAUGCACAGCUCAAAAUCAUUGUAUCUCACCCACUGGGUCAACAGAACCCCUUGAUCCCAGCAGGUGUGGACAGACUGAGUAAGACCAACAUGGUCCUGCUGAGCCCAGAAAACCAGGACAUGGUGGUGAACUCCAUGAUCCAGCAGGUUAACUUACUGACGCCUAUGCAACCGCUGGGGUCAUCUCAGGCUGCAGAAUCUUCCCUUGAACCUCAAACGGUUCUGCUGACGCAGCUCGGCACCGGACACACCGACAACCCGCUCCACCAGGCUCUGCUGCAGACGGCCAUGAGCGCUCAGGACUCCAGCAGCGGCACCAGCACGCAGACUUUCAUCACCACCUGCUCUGAACUGGACGGCCUCAACGCCUUGAUCCAGGAGGGCGGCACGGAGGUAACGGUGGUGACAGAGGGCAAAGCCGCCACCACGGUGACCACGACAAUAUCAGGGGAAACGUCUAACCCAGGGAUGACAGUUAAGGUUGAGGAGAACGCCUUACCCCCUGAGGAAGGUGCGUUACUGGUGCCAAAUAUCGGCCUGAGCGGACAGAAUGUGGUCAUCCAUGGCGUCCCGCUGAUUGUGUCCACUCAGCCAGAGCAGAGCACGAUAGAGCAGCUUUCUCCUCACACACUCUACACAGACUCACACUCACUGGAGGGAAUCCCACACUGAGCAGAACCGGGUUUUUCUUAAAAUGAAAAGAUUGUAACGGCAUCAUAAGCUAUUUCUUUGCCAGUAAGAACUCUUUAUUCUGAAAGAUACGUUUGUGCAGGCCAUCGACAAAUAACAGUAUUUACUUUCUAGCAUUGAAUUUAAUUAUCAACCACUGAAAUUUAACAACAUCGUUAACUUUAUAAUUGCUCUAGUUUCCACAUCUUAGAAUAAUGAAUUGUUGUCGUAGCACAUUAGAUCGCUUCAGACUAUUUUAAACACUGAAAAGCUUUUGAAUAUGAGAGUUAAUCAUUCACAUCUGUCGUUUCAUACACUCUAUUUUCAAUUAUACAACGUGCAGGCAUCGCUGCUAAACUAACGAGAAAAUAUAAAGUGUAAGAGAAUAAAAGUCUGAAAAUAAUGCUCACAGCUUGAAUUUGAAUUUGCUUGUGUUGUGGUUUGUCUUCCUCCCAUUUGUCCAUUAGGUGGCAGCAGAGUGAUAAGAGUAAAAUGGGUUAUUUACUCAAACUGCGGAUUGUUGCAGUCUUCUGCAAAUGCUGAAUUCAUGUAGUUAUUUUUGUCGUCAUUUUUGUAAAUAAUCAUUUUCUGCUCCUCAUUCUGAAUCAACGCGGUCGUCAAUUGUACAUCAGCGUCUUAUUUUCUUAAAAGCCAAGUUGCUCUCCCGAUAGAUUUUUCAAUAAAGUGCCCGUCUUGCUCGCGCUGUCCAUUAUUCUGGUUAUUUCUACACUCAGACCUCAGCACUUAGUAUUUGCAGAGAGUGAAGGCUGGACCUGAAUGAGAGUCUCCUGUGAACAGUUGACCAUUGAUUGGUCUCUGUCGGUCCUCUGCACUAAUGGCUCCUGAUGCAGACGCCGCAAACUCCGAUGAAGUUGUUUGACGAGCGACUCUUUGCGAUCACCUCAGAGUUGGUCUGUGCUUCAUCAACGUGAACGUUAAAACCGGUGACUGGUUUUGACGCCGUGUCCGACUGGUGUUUAACGACAAUGCCGCCUUUUGUUGUCACAUAUUUGAGCCAGUGUGAUUUA